AUGGCUACCGUCGCCGGAGGAGUAGUGCUGCAGCUGCGCGUCCCUACGGCGUCGUCUGCGUUUGAUCCCGUGCGGCGGCGGAGGACGCCGUCGGUGAGGUGCGCGAGCGUGCGCGGGGCGAGGUCCGCGGGCGCGGUGGAGGAUGACCAUUACCGGACGCUGAGGCUGGCGCCGGGAGCCACGAGGCGCGAGGUCAAGAAGGCCUUCCACCGCCUCGCGCUGCAGUACCACCCGGACGUCAUGCGCCGGCAAGGGGAGGACAACGACCGGGGCAACGCGGAUUUUCAGAGGAUCAACGUGGCGUACCAGAGGGUCAUGGCCAACAUGCGGGAGGCGGAGGCGAGGCUCGAGUACUGGCGCGCCCGGUACGACCUCGCCGACGAGGACCUCGACCGGUACCGGGGAUACCUCCACGACGACGACGGGGACGACUGGUUCGCCGACCUCUGAGUGCUGCUGGAUCUCGCCAUGGCAUGACAGAGUUAGCAUUUAGCAGCACUGUAAAUUUGUGAAAUCAAUGCCACCGUGAAACUCCUCCCCUGUUGUUUUUUCGUGGGGAAAAGGGACACAGAAUUGCGUUCAGGGUUCUGAAAGUUGUACUUGGAACAACUCAUUUUCAUUGUGAAUAUAAAGAACAUGUGAGCAAUUUUAAUCGGAA